CCGCUGUUUAGAGGAGACUUACUUUAAUUGGCUUCAUUGUGUCGGGAAUUUAACCAUACAAUGAGUUUGUAUACUUUCGCCAUCACAGUUUAUAUGUGACACUGGAUUUAUUGUCAUAAUUCUAAAGAUGAUGCUGCGCAUGCGUCAUGGAUGGGUCUAACAAAUUGCAUGUCAAAAAGGAAGCAACGGAGAAGAAUCAUUAAAGAAGCAUUAAACUGUUCAUUUGCUAUAAAGUUAUCGAGUGGGCCGCUAUCGACAAAGUACUUAUGAUAAUGACCCAUCGUAAUUCGAAGGACAUCUUCAAAAGAUAACUAGUCCAGGACUCGUUGUCACAUGCAGCUCUCGAUGUUGCUGGCUGAAGCCCAGUCGUAAAACAAAUAUCAAUGUAGACGAUGCAUUGUCGUUUCUAGAUCAGAUUACUUGGACUAAACUUUGUUGCUACAUGAAGUAGCAAGAAACUGUUGAAAUGCAUAAAAACCCGAGGACAUAAAAGCAAUCAACAAAAUUCAGAAACCGAUUUUCACUAGAAGUUGAUUUCAUAAUACGAGUUUUGAACUAAUUUUCAAGGAUUGAAGAAAAUGUCGACUGUUUUCCCUGAUUUUAUUACUGCUCGAUCCAAGGUUUGGAUAACAACCUAUGUACCUGUGGAUUGGACAGGAGAGAGAAAGGCCGCAGAUGAAGGAAGGAAACGCGCCAACGCUCUCCCGCCUCUUCCCAUGGAGAGGGAGCCCACGUUCCACCGGACACCCCGGGGGUUUGUGUCCCUCCAAAACCCGGACGAGGCUGGAGAAAGUCAUUGGCAGAAAAAGUACAAGAGGGUCAGUUUUGAAAUUGACCGUAAAGUGGUAACUCACUUGAGGAGGAAGUUGAACAAACGCCUUGACGACAAAUACCAAAGCACUGACGCCGAAUCUGAUGAAGAAAAGAAAACAGAGGAAUCAGUGACAAAGACCAACGGAAAAAUGAACGAAAAGGAAGACAAAAACAUAUUUACAAAAUACUCAGAAUUAGGAGAAAAAAUACCGUUUAGAAACCAAUAUAGAAAAUCAAAAUUGUUGAGUAGUGACGAGUGUGAAAAAGAACAAGUCGAAUCUCAGGAAGACGGGGAAAUGAAUGGCGAUUUUCCCGCUAAACAAGUAUUACCCGAAAUCAAAGACCAAGUGGCUAACGGUAGUGACGAAACAACGAACGGACAUUUAUCGGAUGGUGACGAAAGUGAUGAAGAGCUAAUGACGUUAUCAAAAGUGACUGCAAAUGAAGAACCGGACGUUAACGAAAACUUCAGGGAGUUGCAGGUUUCUCCAGUUCAAACACCCGUUGUUUUCAGACCCAUCACAAGGCACAAAGCGCGGGAGAAUUCGGAUAACAUGGCGGACAUCUUGAAAGGAGACGUUCACCCUCCAUGUGUAGCAGAGAGUAAAUCGGUGUCCCUUUAUAUCAGUGCUGGCUUCACGGACACUGAGGCAGAAAGAUCCACCUUUUUAGAGAAAGUAUAUCCGGAGCUGCGCACGCACUGUCGAGAACAUGGGUUUGAACUCCAGAUACACGACCUACACUGGGGACUUAGGGACGACAGUACAGAGGAUCAUAGCCUUCCGUCCAUGUGUCUUAACUACCUCCGGAAAUGUCAGACGUCAACUAGUGGUGGGAUCGUAUUGGUCGUUCUUGGAAACAAGUAUGGGUCCUACAUUCUUCCGUCUGUGAUUCCUGUAGACGAAUUUCACUCAAUACACGAACAGUCCUUGCAUGAAUGGAAACAGAAAGUUGACAAAAUGAGAAAAAGAAUCGCUGAAAUCGAGUCAGCGUCACAGGAUCGCGACAAGAAGAUUCAACAGGGUCUCACCGAAGGCCAGAUCAUGGAGGAUACAAAAAAGGACCACCUCAAAACACAGGAUCUAAACAUUAAGCUAGAAGAAACUACGGGAAAGGAGUCUCUUAAUAUGUUCAGGAAUUUGGCAGACAUGGUCAAAAGGGAGCAACAAAUUAUCAAAGCGCUGAAAGUAAAAGAAGAAACAAUGCCAAGCCCCCAUCUCCUUAGUCAGUGGUAUAAACUGGACGAGAAUUGUCUACCGCCAGUGUACAGACUCCAAAACAUAAGCUCAGUGAUCAAGGAAUACAGCCGAGGGGACGCACGAACACGAGAAUCAGGUCGAAUUAUGUGGAACGAAACUGUUCAAAAACUACGCAAACUUUUGGAUCAAUUCGCGGAUUUGGCCAUCAAAGAUGAACAAUCUAGAAAGAAUUAUUUUUCGUCUUCCCUUAAACAAGAACUUGAUCAAUGUCUCUUGAAUAAUGACGACGUCACGGAAGACGUCAUUGUUGUCAAUAGAAACAUUACGGACUUGCUAAGUAAUCUUGGAGACUCGACAAUGGCCGACUACGCAGAUUUAAGUUCCACACAGGACAAAACGUUGUCGGAACCUCAGACAUCUUACAUGCAAAAACUGAAAACGGAAAUCAUUCCGGAAAAAGUGGAUAAUAACCACAUCUUAAACCACGAGAUCGAGUGGAGCAAGGGAGGCGUUCAGCCAGCACAGAACCGUGCUCAUCACCUCUAUCUAGACCGAAUGUCCAAACAAGUACUAGAGGUGCUGAAAAGGGAGUUUUCUUGUCACAUCACAGAACACGUGCAGCAGAUAGACCCAACUUCUAAACUGUACCAGGAAAUUUCACAGCAUGUGUCCCUCUGUCAGGAAAGAGGACGGCAUUUCCAAGGCAGACGGGAACUGUUACAAACAGUGAAAUCGUAUAUCCGGUCAAAGUGUCGUCUGCCUCUAAUUUUACAUGGCAAAGCUGGCUGUGGUAAAACGGCGCUUGCUUGUAAAGUAGCUCUCGAAACUCAAAAAUGGUUCAAAGGGAUUAAAUCCCACGUGAUCAUAAGGACAGUAGGUCGUACAACAGCCUCGAGAAACGUCCGAACAUUAUUGCGUAGUGUAUGUUUACAGAUGUCUCAUAUAUUUGGAAGCAAAACAGAGGAGGUUCCAAUGGAAUUCAAAGGACUCGUGAAUGACUUUGCCCAAAGACUUGGCCAUGCGUCAACAGCAGAUCCGUUAGUUUUAAUAUUUGACGCUGUAGACCAACUCUCUGACGAACAUGAAGGACACAAAAUGUCUUGGCUUCCAAAAGAACUCCCACACAACGUCAAAAUGAUAAUAACAACAAACCCUGAAGAACAAUUUGAAAGUUUUCCAGGCCUUAUGAAAGUCUACGGAUCAAACAAAGAUAUCACAAUAGCGAUUCCCAAUAUGCCACAAGAAGACGCAGAGUCGAUACUUAAGUACUGGUUGCAACAUGACAAUCGUGAAUUAACGCAACAUCAGUUUGACGUCAUCAUAAAAGCUUACAACAAAUGCUCAUUACCUCUUUAUCUCAAAUUAGCAUUCAUGGAAUCAAAAUCAUGGUCAUCCUUCACGGAGAUUGAAAACUGCAAGCUUUCAGAAACAAUUACAAAAUUGGCUGCAUUAAAGUUUGGAAAACUUGAGUCAAAACAUGGUGAACCAUUAGUGAGACGCGCGCUAGGGUACAUUACAGCUUCUCGUGAAGGAAUUGCUUCCAUUGAAAUGGAGGAUAUUCUUUCACUAGAUGAGGCAGUGAUGGAUGAUGUAAUGGCUAAUUAUAGACCAUCAAAGCGGCGUUGUCCAAGCGUCUUAUGGAUUAGACUACUUGAAGACUUAUCCGAUCUUCUUACGCCAACACUAACGUAUGGCGUAAUCACCUAUGUUUGGGCGCAUUCCCAGUUUCACCAAGCGGCAGAUGACCGGUAUCUUCAAAACCGAGAUAAAGCACCUUCAUACCACAAAGUCAUGGCUGAAUAUUUUCAGGGAGUGUGGGCGUCGAAACCAAAGCCUUAUACGGGUAGCGAGAAAGGAGUCCUCCGGUAUGUAUCGAAGCAGCCAUUUUACUACGAACCAUGCGAAAAUAAUCAUGAUGGAUCUGAUAGAAGCUACAAUGUGAGGAAGGUGAACGAAUUGCCAUACCAUCUACUCAAUUCACAGCAAAUAGCUCUGUACAAAUCAGAAUCUCUCUGCCAUUUUGAAUGGAUUCAUGCAAAGCUCUGUGGGACAUCACUGCGGUCUCUUGUAGAAGAGUACCAAACAGGAUUAUCGGUGGAACCAACCGACUCUGAACUAAAGAUGAUGUCAGAUGUUAUUCAGCUUUCUGCGAAGGCACUAUCAAAAGAUCCACGACAGCUAGCGUCUCAAAUUGUUGGGCGUUUGGCGACUAUCAUUGCUAACGACAUACCAAGAGCACCCGGAGACCCCCCAAGAUAUCCAUAUAUCCACGCUUUACUUAAACAGGCUCACGAACCAUCACUUCCUGCUUUGAUUCCAUCCAUUCGAUGCCUGACAGAACCCGGAGGAAUUUUAUUCGAUUUGCUCUCUGGUCACACGGAUCCAAUUACAGCAGUCGAAGUUACAUCAGAUGGUGGAAAAGCAUUUACUGCCUCUAAAGAUAACACGAUGAAAAUGUGGGACCUGAGGACUGGGAAAGUGAUGAAAACCCUUCAUGACGUGGGCACAAACAUCACAAGAAUACGUGUUGGAUAUAACGUUGCUUUCGUUGUUACCGUGGAGGAAAACGUCAUUCAGGUCUGGAAUCUUCGGUAUUCAGAGCGCGUGUUACGCGUAGACAAGUACCCUGAUCCUCCCGUGAUUGGUAUGGCAGGAGAAGGGAAGUAUCUAUGUGCCUUAUUUGAUGGGAACAAUACUUUGCGAACAUGGAACUUGAACAAAGCGGGCUAUCCGAUGAUUAGUGAGGCCCACACCGAGAACCACAGAGUGUACAAAGACAAUUCCGCUCUGAUUGCACCCUUUUCGUUUGAUGAACGGAUCCUGCAUGCCUCGAGGGGAGCCAACUGUGCGCUUGUCAACAACGUUCGAAACGGAAAACAGGUUCUAUCACUGAAGUGCAAUGACCAUUCUUCAGCUGUGAUAAGUCUAGGUAUAUCCCGAGAUUAUUACAUCGUGGCUUGCAGACAGCAUUACAUGCAACUUCAUGAAAUAUACCAACUGGAACUUUUUGAUUUAAAGAGAGGAAAGUAUUUACGAAGUGUUCGAGGUUGCAUACACGAUAAAAUCAAGGACCUUCAUAUUAACUAUAUUGGAUCACAUGCAAUUGCUAUAUGUGCCAGCGAAGAGACAAACACGUCAGACAUAGCAGUGUGGAAUAUAGAAACAGAAGACCAUAAACAUUUGGCUCGUCACGCUGGAGCUUCAGUGCUAGGCGCAUGUGCAGAUUUCAAAUACUGUCUAACUGCAGGUAGAAACGAUAAAACGCUCAACAUAUGGAAUCUCACCGGAAAAAUUAACCAGUCAAUGCCCAGACUAAAGAAACAGUCUGGUGUUUAUCAAAUCAUGUCCAUGACUAAAAACCCCCGAUAUGCAGUGGCCCGCCAAUUCAAUAAUGGACCUGUCAGUGUGUGGAACAUAGCAAGAGCAAAACAACUGAAAUCGGCUGUAAGAAUUGAACGUAGUCUGUCCGAUUCAUCCGAUAUUGUUGUGGUGCGGGACACAAAAGUAGUUGUUCUAACUGACAAAGGCAUUGCAAACGCCAAGGAUAACGCUCGCCCUGUCUUUCAGACGGUCCUAAUUUAUGACCUGCUUCAGAAAAAGUUCGUGAAGAAAAUCAAGAAAUGCUUCAUAACGCCAUGUCCUUCUCAUGAGUACGUCAUGCUAAAGGAUGAAAUGCUGCUGGGACUCUCAGAAAACCGGUCACACUUUGUUAUCUGGAACUUAAAAAACGGCCAAGUGGAACAUCGUAUACGACCAAUGUUAAAGGAUCUGGAAAAGAAGAUAGCUGAAACUGACGUCAUGUCGCUUGCAAAAGAUCGCUGUCAUACAGCCAAACUGACACCUUGGGAGCGCCGUGUAGAAUCUUUGUCUGCAAAGCAACGUCGUAGAGAUGCCGCUGUUGAUAUUGAGCGACAACGAGUGGAAGAAUUGAAGAAAGAGAUCAGCAGCAGUGGCAUUGAUAGAUAUCUUCUCAGUGGAGAUCAGAAAAUCGCCGUUGCAUCUUUCUUUGCACAUUUCAUGUGUGUGUUUGACAUAGAAAAUCACACGCAUAUGACCACUCUUGAGAGUGACACGUCUAUGCUAUCUUUGCUUGUAGCCUCUCUUACACACACUGGGAACUACCUUGUACAGGCAAAUUAUGACGAGGAGCAGAGAACUAGUUAUGUUACCUUGUGGGAUUGCUUUGAAGGCGUGGUGAAGAAACGACUAAAGAAUGAAAGCAACGUGAUGGCUCUCGGUAUCAGUGAAGAUGCUUCGAAAGUUAUCAUCGGAAAAGGAAACAAAGAAAUACACAUAUGGGAACCACAAAAAACUCCCUCUCUUCGUAAAAUUAAAAACAUCGAUGGUUUGGAAUUUAAUGAAUUAAGCAAAAUUUUUAUCGUCGAUAAUGACACUCGUGCUGUAGUUUUCGCAGGCGACAUUUCUGUGUGGGAUAUUGAAAGAGGUGUUGUACUUGCAGUUUUCUCACCUGACACCAAAAUAACCUGUUGUCACGUUGUUAACAGCGGCCACGUGAUCACUUUCGGGCUGCAUGAUAUCCCAGAAAUCGUCAUCUUAAAGCUUAUGUCCAGCGACAUGCCUAGUAUUGAGGACGAAGGGGAAGAUAUGUUCGGGGAGAAACCAGCUGAGUCAUCUGAUGAGGACGAGGAAGAAGAAGACGAUGGAUAAGUGCAUAUGCAGUAUUAGUUAUACCGCCGUUGUCAAUAUAUACUCGAGAAUAAUACCGAUUUGGGUAUUAAACCAAACAAACUUAAGAUAUAAAAAUGACAAAAAUAGAUUAUUGGAACAAUUGCAUUACGAUUCAUCUAUUGAAUCAUAUAUAAGGUGCCUCUUUUUAUUUUUAUUAUAUUACCAAUAUUUCUACAAAUGCUGUGAUUCUUCUUAUAACAUAGUCUGUGUUUAAAUAAUUGAUUUACAUUAUUAUUAAAUGCUAUUACUACGAACAUUAUAUACAAAAUACAUGUAUCUACUUAAGUUUGGUGAGAGAGAGAGAGAGAGAGAGAGAGAGAGAGAGAGAGAGAGAGAGAGAGAGAGAGAGAGAGAGAGAGUUCGUUCUUCGCGAAACUCCCGAAAUUCAAUUUCACGAGAACUUUUGGUAAACAGUUUUUAAAGUAAAUUCAAAAUUUGCAAUAUUUUUGUAUAUUUACUUCCUGUGAUUCGGUGAUCGAACACGCACGCAAUUAAAUAUGUGAUGCUAGUACACGUUCUUUAUUUUCAGAAUUUUUAAAACUGCCUCUACAAAUGUACAUUGUUUAAAAACGACUGUGAUCUUUUAAUGACUUUAUAACUUAAUGUUGUGUUUUUUAUUAUUGAACAAUAAAUAAGUUCUAAAAAAACCUGUUGAUAAUUAACUACUCCGGCCCAAUUGAACUUUAGUAAUAACCAUACAAACACCACAGUAUGCCUUUUCGUUAUCUGGAAGCAUUGGCUAUAAAGCUUGCAGUGUUUCUUGGGGGAGCGGGGAGAAAUAUGAUUUUGAAAUAUAAUUCCUCAAAUAGAUUAUAUGUUAAUAUGAACAUCAUAUGACGGGAUCAUAAAUCUCUUCCCUAAAUAAACCAUUGAUGUCCGACUCCAUUUGAUGAGCUAAUGUUCAACGACAAACUGUAGGUUAUGCAUCAAGAGCUCUGUUUGUAUGAUUUAAUAAAUUAAACAUAUCAUUGUCAGACAUUUUCAUUACAAACUUCAAGCAUCUUUCUCUAAAUGUUCAAAAUUAAAGGACUUGUCCUCAAAUACUGAUAUGUACAUUCUUUUUUUUUUAGGGGUUGUUGUCUUUUUUUCGAUUGUCUAGGCUAUUGUUAGAUUAAUAA